GAGAUAUGAUCAAAUUAUUUUAAAAAAUCGGAUUUGUUUUCUUUUUUAAAACGUUUUCUUUCAAUAGGUUGUGGUCUGCUGUCUCAUUGUUAUUGCUAACCCAAAGCGGUUCUUUUCCUACUUGUAUUCUGACAUGUCCCGCCUUCUUGACUAGGAUUGGACGGUUUUUUUUCGUAUAGUUUUCUCAGAUUGGACAGAAUACAAGUGCACAUUUUGCGUGUCCAAUCCUAGCCUAGGAGGCGGGAUUUUGCUCUAAAACGGGUCGGAAGUAUGGAUGAAUUAGCUUGCUAACGCCAGAAAGUGCUAGCAAUGAGAGACGAGGUUUUAUCAUCAUUCCAGAUGGAGAUGGAGGACAGUAAAGGAGGUUCUGGUCUCCGGCAGUAUUACCUAUCCAAAAUUGAGGAGUUACAACUGACUGUGAACGAGAAGAGCCAGAACCUUCGGCGUCUGCAGGCCCAAAGAAACGAGCUCAAUGCUAAAGUGCGUCUGCUUCGUGAGGAGCUGCAGCUGCUGCAGGAACAGGGCUCUUACGUGGGCGAGGUGGUCCGAGCCAUGGACAAGAAGAAAGUGCUGGUGAAGGUUCAUCCCGAGGGGAAAUUUGUGGUCGACGUGGACAAGAACAUCGACAUUAACGAUGUGACACCGAACUGCCGGGUGGCGCUCCGUAACGACAGCUACACACUGCACAAGAUCCUCCCCAACAAGGUGGACCCUCUGGUGUCGCUCAUGAUGGUUGAGAAGGUCCCUGACUCUACCUAUGAGAUGAUUGGUGGCCUGGACAAGCAGAUCAAAGAGAUUAAGGAGGUGAUCGAGCUGCCCGUCAAGCACCCUGAGCUUUUCGAAGCCCUCGGGAUCGCGCAGCCGAAGGGGGUGCUGUUGUACGGACCUCCUGGCACCGGGAAGACGCUGCUGGCCCGAGCCGUGGCUCACCACACUGACUGUACCUUCAUCCGCGUGUCUGGCUCUGAGCUCGUGCAGAAGUUCAUUGGAGAGGGUGCACGCAUGGUACGUGAGCUGUUUGUAAUGGCACGUGAACAUGCCCCCUCAAUCAUCUUCAUGGACGAGAUCGACUCCAUCGGCUCUUCACGUCUCGAGGGAGGCUCUGGUGGAGACAGCGAGGUGCAGCGCACCAUGCUUGAGCUCCUCAAUCAACUCGACGGCUUCGAGGCCACCAAGAACAUCAAGGUCAUCAUGGCCACCAAUCGCAUAGACAUCCUCGACUCUGCCCUUCUCCGACCUGGCCGCAUUGACCGAAAGAUCGAGUUCCCCCCUCCCAAUGAGGAGGCCCGUCUGGACAUUCUGAAGAUCCACUCGCGCAAAAUGAACCUGACACGUGGCAUCAACCUGCGCAAAAUCGCUGAGCUCAUGCCAGGGGCAUCAGGUGCUGAGGUUAAGGGGGUUUGUACAGAAGCCGGCAUGUACGCCCUGCGAGAGAGAAGGGUCCACGUCACUCAGGAAGAUUUCGAGAUGGCUGUCGCAAAGGUGAUGCAGAAGGACAGCGAGAAGAACAUGUCGAUCAAGAAGCUCUGGAAGUAGAGCUUUUACCGUCAGCACCUGGCAACCUCACCUGUUUUCUUUUGUUCUCCAGUUUAUAUCUGCACUCUGAAUUUAUUUUAAAUAAAUGGUGUUUCCUGUUCAGAAA